AUGAAGAUAUGGAAUUAUCAAGAUUUUGAAUAUACUAAAGGAUUAUUUAAAGCCAUCGCUAAAAAUCGUCCAAACUUUGAAUGUUUGUAUAUUAAUAUUCAAUUUGAAGAUUUAAAUGGUAUAAAAGAAAUCCUCUUGGGUUGUACGAUAUUAAAUAGAUUACAUUUAUAUAUAAAUGAUGAAAUAGAAGAGGAAGAAGACAAUUGUGAUGAAAUAUUAAAUAUUCUAGCCGAUUGUGGAGAGACAGGACCCCAAUUAAAUUUUAUGCCAAUUUUAAUCGUAUUUAAAUUUUAUGGUGAACCAUCGGUAAUUGCUUAA